GGAUUUUCUGGUCGCAUACAAGCGAGAGAUAAUUAUCAUUUGGAGUGACAGGGAUUUUAAGCCUGAGCCAUGGCGGCCAGCUUUCCAGAAGAUUUUAAGUGAAACUGAAACAAAAGUUCACUUCCUCAUCUGUGGGCACCUCGUGUGACAAACCCUAACUUCUGUUUAAAAUCCUCUCCACUACAGACUCCUGCUUGUCUGCCAGCCCUGCGGAGGGAACGCGUCAGGGAUUCCUAGGCUGGGAUCUUCUUCUGGCCCAUCACAAUGAGCUGGCUGGUUUGGGUGCCCGUGUUGUGCUCUCUGGCAAUGGCACAAAUGCACAAAGACCCCACCCUGAAUCACCACUGGUAUCUCUGGAAGAAAACCUAUGGAAAGCAAUACAAGGAAGAGAAUGAAGAGGUAGCACGCCGGCUAAUCUGGGAAAAGAAUCUAAAGUUUGUGAUGCUUCACAAUCUGGAACAUUCAAUGGGAAUGCAUUCAUAUGAUCUUGCCAUGAACCACUUGGGAGACAUGACCAGUGAAGAAGUGAUGUCACUCAUGAGCUCCCUGAGAGUUCCCAGCCAGGGGCAGAGAAAUGCCACCUACAAGCCAAACCCUAACCAGAGAUUGCCUGAUUCUGUGGACUGGAGAGAGAAGGGGUGCGUUACUGAAGUGAAAUACCAGGGCUCCUGCGGCGCCUGCUGGGCCUUCAGUGCCGUGGGCGCCCUGGAAGCGCAGCUGAAGCUGAAGACUGGCCAGCUGGUGUCUCUCAGCGCCCAGAACCUGGUAGAUUGUUCCACUGAGAAAUACGGAAAUAAAGGCUGUAAUGGUGGCUUCAUGACCGAGGCUUUCCAGUACAUCAUCGAUAACAACGGCAUCGAUUCGGAAGCUUCCUACCCCUACCAAGCCAAGGAUGAAAAAUGCCAUUAUGACUUAAAAAAUCGUGCUGCGACAUGUUCAAGGUACAUUGAACUUCCCUCUGGCAGUGAAGAUGCCCUGAAAGAAGCUGUGGCCAAUAGAGGACCAGUGUCGGUUGCCAUAGAUGCCAGUCACCCUUCCUUCUUCCUCUACCGAAGUGGUGUUUACGAUGACCCUUCCUGUACUGACAAAGUGAAUCAUGGUGUACUGGUGGUUGGCUAUGGUAACCUUAAUGGUAAAGACUACUGGCUUGUGAAAAACAGCUGGGGCCUCCAUUUUGGUGAAGAAGGAUACAUUCGGAUGGCAAGAAAUAGUGCAAAUCAUUGUGGGAUUGCUAGUUACUGCUCUUACCCAGAAAUCUAGAAGAUUUUUUUUCAUUUUGUAACAAGACAAGAAGAUGAAAUAUUCUUAAUUUUAUCUGCUAUGCCCAGAAGAAAUGAUGUGUUAGGAUCAAUGUAUAUUUAUAAGACUAAGUAGAAAAUAGUUUACCUCCUUAUAACUUUGUCUAUUUCUGAAGAAAGAUUGCAAAACAAAUUAAUAAUGUACAAUAGAGGGCUCUAUAUUCCAUCCUGCCAUUCAUAUAGCAAGUGCUCUCCGCACUUCCUUCUUUUAAUCUAAUAAAGUCUCUCUUAGUAAUAAAAAUAUAAUUUACUAUAGGCAUAAGUAUAUGAC